AUGUCAGUAUCAGCAUCGCAGCAACGUUGUAUGUUUUGCAACUCCAACGCACGUAAAUCAGUCGAUUACAAUCGAAUGUCAAGCUCAUCAGAUCGACGGAUAUUCCUGCUUAACAACAACAGAUGCUUGAAUUGUGGGAGAGAAGGACACUUCCUCGCAGAAUGUACAAGCAAAGGAUGUAGAAAUUGUAAUGGACAGAAACACCAUCAUACCAUCUGUCCAAGAUAUGUGAAGGGGCAUACCGCGAUAGAGGCGGAAGAACCCAUGACUCAGAAACCACCUCGAGACGAGGCAGUACCGACACUCACCUCUAAACUGAACAGACAGAAACCCGAAAAGAAGACAACUCGAGCCAAUGCCAUGCAGAUGCAUAACACGGACUCAACAUCUCCGAAACAUACCCCACCACAACAGUACUUCACAACGCAAAGCGUGAUAGUGACAGUCAUCACGUCCUGCUACUAA